AUGAACAGACAAAAUACGACAAAUUACGGUUCGAUAAGAGAUCCGGUUGUAGAAGUGGGAUUCAGCGGAGGAGAUAACAGGAACCAGCAGGACAUGGUGUCCAGGGAAUUUAACGUUUUGUGCGACGAUAUCGAGACGAAUCUGUACACGAUCAAGUCCAGCAUCAAAACGUUACAGGACAGUCUCAAGAGUAUCGGGACGGCCAAGGAUAAUACUGGGAUCAGGAAUAAAAUCCACAUCACCCAGCUCAGCGCCAACCAAAUAGCAUCAGCCACAACCAGAGACUUAACGAAACUCAGGCUCAUAACCCCUAGAAAUGACAAGCAGCGCAUCCUCCAAGUCGACAAACUGGAAAGCGACUUCAAAGAAACAAUCAGCCGCUACCACACUUUACAAAAAGAACUGGCCGACAAACAAAAAUCCAACCUGCUUUUGGCCACAAACAUAGACAGCCCUGGAUCCGAGGGCGAGGAAAGCCCUACAAUCCAAAGACAAAUGCAACUGGCCCGAGAAAUGCAAUUCGAACAAGAAAUGAUGCUAGAGAGAGAAGAGAGAGUUAAGCAAAUUGAAGGAGAUGUUUUGGAUAUUAAUCAGAUUAUGAGAGAGUUGGGGUCAAUGGUGCAUGAUCAAGGGCAAACUGUUGAUACAAUUGAAAAUAGCAUCGAUCAUGCUGUUGGCAAUGUAGAAGAAGGCACUGAGCAAUUGAUUAAGGCUUCUGGAUAUCAGAAUAGUUAUAGGAAAAAGUUGUUAGUUUUAGUUAUUAUUGGAGCCAUCAUUGCUGCUAUUAUAAUAGCGGUACUUGUUAGUGAGCUAAAGAAAAAGUAA